AUGGGUUUGCUGCGAUACGCAGCUUUUCUUGGCGUUUCGGCCCUAUUGAUUCGUUAUGGUAUGGAUAUGCUCUAUACGAAACAUCCUAUUUAUGUUGAUGGAGAAGUUGACAGCAAGUUUGAUGGUGUUCGAAAAGCUUUUGAGCAAAAUUUCAAAGAUGGAUGGGAAGCGGAAGGGGCUUCAUUGGCAGUGUUUGUAAAAGGACGAAAAGUUGUUGAUUUAUGGGGUGGGUACGCCGAUGUACAGGCUGCUAGGAAAUGGAGAAAGGAUACCAUGAGUGUUGUAUUCUCUACCACAAAAGCAGUAGCGGCCCUUUGCAUAGCGCUUUUAGCAGAUCGUGGAAGACUAAAAUACGGCGAUCUUGUUUCCAAGCAUUGGCCGGGAUUUGCUAAAAAUGGAAAGGGGAACAUUACUAUAGAGUGGGUGAUGUCCCACAUGGCAGGGCUUCACUACUUUGACACACCGGUCACGGAAGAAAUGGCAAGGGAUCAUAACCUGAUGAGAGAAAUAAUUGAAAACGAGGUUCCCAAGAUUCCUCCAGGAACUGCCAGCGGAUACCACACGUACACUUAUGGUUGGCUUGUGGAUCAAAUCAUAAGGCAUACGGAUGAGAAGAAACGUGGAGUUGGACAGUUCCUAAGGGAGGAGAUCACUCAACCCAACGGCAUUGACUUCCACAUUGGCUUAAACCUCUCCGAAGAAUACCGCAUGGCUCGAGUAACCCCGCUUCCUGUUAUGGAAGUGAUAAGAGAGAUUAUAAGGAAUCCCUCGGUUGGCAUCAUUAUAUACAACAUAAUGACAGCUAACAAGAAUAGUCCAUUUGCGCGCUCUAUCGCGAACCCAUCGUGGGCCGAUAUAGUCUCAAAAUGUACUGUAAACAAUCCUGAGCACCAUACGUUGGAACAAGCAGCUGCGUUUGGCAUUGGAAACGCAAGAUCUUUAGCGACGAUAUUCAGCUUGUUUGUCAACGGGCGCAUCGUUAGUGAGAAGACUCUCAAGUUGUUAGAAAAGCCGGUAAUCAACGAGACGGACUACGCCACACAAGCGCCUAUGGUUAAAGGACAUGGGUUCUUUUACCGUCCACCAAUUGAUGGAAAACUGCCAAUAAUAGGACAUGAUGGUCACGGAUGUCAACAACUGACCAUUGACUUGGAGAGAAAAGCCGUCAUAGCUUACGUCACAAAUGGGUUGAAGAUGGGAAUGUAUGACACCUGCAGAACCUAUCGAAGAUUUCCACCCAACAUUCGCACUUUUGGAGCAACUAUUUGGCAUUGCUGCUUAUGGUAA